AUGGAUCAUGACCCCAGGUUACAAUCCACCGAUCACGUGAUACCGGAUCCGACUGCCAGAGAUGUGAUCAGAUAUAAGGAUCGUCCUUUGGAGUCGAAUCCUGGAAAACGGAUCUCGGAAGACCAGGGUCCUAAAUCCAAAAUCACCGCGAAGAAACUGAUUGGCCUGAUCCGCUCCCGAUGUGGGAUCAGACUUUGCGAGCCUGGUUCUGAGCCUGUUUCUCCGUUGUUGUAUGCGCCGACAACCAGCCCCCUUCGACUUACUUUUCCUGCCAAUUUUUCAGGCCCAAAAUUGCUGACGGAGGCCCUCUUGCCGUUAUUCCGCCGUUCAUCUACGGUCGGUCGAAUUCUUAAUAUUAGCUCAAGGCUUGGAUUAUUAAAUAAACUGAAAAAUUCAAAAUUAAAAGAAAUUCUAUUGGACGAAGAAAAGUUAACAGAAGUGCAAAUAGAGGGAAUGGUGAAUUUAUUCCUUGAAAAUGUGAAGAAUGGAACAUGGGAAAAACAAGGAUGGCCCCACGUGUGGACUGAUUAUGCAGUUUCCAAAUUGGCCCUUAAUGCUUACUCUAAUGUUUUAGCAAAGCGUUACAAAGGGAAGGGCAUAAGUGUCAAUUGCUUUUGCCCCGGCUUUACUCAGACCUCCAUGACUGGUGGUAAGGGCACACACACCGCUGACGAAGCGGCGGAGGUUGCCGCCCGCCUUGUCUUGCUUUCGCCGGAGGAGUUGCACACUGGAAAGUUUUAUGUUGUGGGGUCCACCACUAAUGCUGUCUAUUCAAAGUUGUAAAGUUAUAUUUAAAUUGAAAUGUUUAAUAAUUAUUAUAAGGGUAAUUUAAGA